AAAAUAUGACGGUUCGGAUUAUCAAAAUUGGGCCUCAAAGUAGACCCGAAAGCCCUGCAAGGAAGGAAAGAAGGAGAGAGAUGAAGGGGAGGAUCCCAAUUCCUCUUGCAAAUACCCUUUUCUUUUCAGCUCUCUUUCUCUCACUAAACCCACAGUUUUUUCCACACACACAACCAACCCAUCUCUCAUCUCUUUCUUCCCAUCUCUCUCUCUCUCUCUCUCUCUCUCUCUCUCUCUCUCUCUCUCUCUGAGUCUUAAGAGUGUGUGUUGUUUGUGCCAGUGGCUAUACAAGCUAUGGACAAACCUCCCCGGAAACAAGCCAAGACCACCACUAGUAGUACCACUUCUGAAGAAGUGAGUAGCAUAGUGUGGGAGUUCAUAAAAAUGACUUCACAAGAGGAAGAUGUUAUCAACAGGAUGUACAGACUAGUUGGAGACAGGGACCUCAAUUUUCAAUAUGUGAUAACAAACUGGGCCAAUGUCUAUGGUGUUAGCCUAACAGUACCCACUGGAUGCCGAAUCAUUUCUCACCACAAUCACCAGUACUGUUUCAUGGGGACACUUUCUUAA